CUGCGGGGACCUCUGUGAAGUAUCCAGCUCCUUCACAUCUCUCCUACCACCACGACCACCACAGCCACCACCACUACCGCCACGACAACCACCACCACGGCCAUCUCCUGGGACGUGUAUUCCCUUCUGACACCUGAGUCGCGUGUGACGUGUGAACGGCGGCGCUUCAACUCACUUGUGUGUGUUUGUGCGUGUUUGUGUUGUGUACUGGACGAAAGGCUACGCAACUAAUACGUCUGCGAUUAGUGUUAUUAUGAGUGUAACGGCGGCUGUGGAGUGCAAGAAUAGAUCACACACGUGGAAUCCUCAUGUUCGUCCUUAUUAAGUCUCACGUUGGUUCUCUGACAUAACUCUUCCUCGUCGCUGCUAGGUGGCCGGUGCGUCUGUUUGCGUUGGUGUGCUUGUAGUGCGCGGCAGUGAUAUACUGGUGUGCAGGGGGGAGGGACAAAUCACCGCGCGUCUCGCCACUACACCAGGAAUAACACCAACAGGUAGUGCGGCUUUGUUCUCGUAAGCUGACAAAACGCACGUGUCUGUAGUUAUGGCGAGUUUGUACAUCUAGUAAAGCUCUGGAGGACUGUUGCUUCCUUCUCCCGGUGAGGCGCCCCUCGCACUGCUGCGAAGAUGGGUGUCGGCCGGGCGCAGGACGGAGCCAGGGAGCAGGUGGCCAAACUCAAAUUUGGUACUGUUGUUGUCCUGGGCGGCGGCGGAGCAAGAGGAAGAGGAGGAGUAGAAAAGGAAAAUGGGGAAGAAGAGGAAGAGGAGGAAGACGAAGAAGAGGAAGAUAACGAUGUUUUAGUAUUGGGAGGAGGAGGACGCAGUGUAAUGAAGUGUGCCUCCCUUCCGUCUCUCCUUGACCGUCCUGUUCUCGCAACCUUCCUCCCGCCAGCCUCCCUCACAAGCACACAGGUACAGGUCGGAAGAGGAGGAGAGAGGAAAGAUAGAAAAGGAACAGAAGAAAGAGGAGGAGGAGAAACAAACCUGACAACCUUCACACAAACAAAAUCAGCGUUCGGCAAACCUCCACUCUGGCGGCGGCAGGCUCCCACGGACACCACGUCUGGGACCCACUCCCGCCCGUCCGCUACCACCAUCACCACCAUCACCACCACCACCUCAUCCUGCCUCAUGAGAGACUCCCCUCCAAACCCACGCCUCCAGCCAGAAACACUCACGCCCCUGCAAGCCCCGUCGAAGGUGCCUCUUGGUCACAGCCUCACAUCAGUACCACCAUCACCAAUGCCUCGCACACUUCCUCCUCUUCCUCUCUUGACGGUGACGUGAAGGGAAGGCUCGCGUGCUCACCCUGGUUCACACGACAGCUCGAGAGCCCUAGAGAAUCAGCACGAGGAGAAGAAGAAGAGGUGCCUGCCGGAGAGGGAGUGUGUGGGAAGAGGUGUUCGUUGCGGCGGGAAGGAAAGUCGACCACCACCACCACCACUGCAAUCACUAACGCUACCAACGCCAUCACCACGGUCACUACCACCACCACCACCACUACCUCAGUCCCCCUCACUUCUACACGGCUAAACAGGAGCCUCGAUAACCUACAUGUCGUGGCCACGUAUGUCAGCAGCUUCGAAGACUACAUGGCUAAACAACAGCAGCAGCAACAGGGGCAACAGUACCGCGCCCAAGACAGCCGGAGUAACGGUGUACUCGUCCCCUGCGGCACGAGAAGGCAAAAAAGUGUCUCUGCCAUGCCCAAGACGCGGCCGCCUGUCCCACCUAAGCCCCCGUGCCGCCUAAGCCACGGAAAGUCACCGCCUCGAACAACACAAGAAGAUUGAGGAGGAGGAGCGAGUGGCAGGAAGGCCAGGGGUGUGUGACUGACGAAGUAGUACAGCUGAGACAUGUUACGGUGGAACGGCAGAAAGUGAAGACUAGCGGCCCGGAACAGGAGAGAGAAGAGGAAGAGAAGGAGGAGGAGGAGGGGGAGGAAGAAGAGGAGGAGGAGGAAGAGAAAGAGAGGAAGAAGGACUGUGUUGUGGACUGUACACCGGAUGUGAUUCAAGUCAGUGGAAGUCUUGACAGGAGCAGCGACCCUCUUCGUUCUCCUCCUUCUCCUCCUUCUCCUCCUCCUUCCCCUCCACUUCCUCCUCCUCCUCCUUCCUCUGAAGUUCCUCUUUCUCCCUCCACAUCCUGCUUUUUUCCUCCACCCCCGUCACCUGAUCCACAACCUUCACAACCACUGUCUUCUCGUUCAUUAUCCUCCACUCCCCUCUCUUCCACGCACCCUCACCACCACCACCGCCACCACGACCCUCCACCACCAUCACCAUCGGCGGACCCUCCCACCACCACCACCUGCCGCCCCCCGCACCCCUGCAAUUCCAAGUCCGUCUCGGUGGGUGUGAGCAAGAUUGCCAAAUUAGGGCCAGCACCCAUUUUGGCGGGAACACCUGUCUCCUCAUUACCCGGGGCCCCGCGCGGCACAGCUGACUCGCCAGGGGAGGACGUGCCGGGGUCCCAAGUGGCUGGAUUCCUACGACAUCCUAGGGAGCAUAGGGUCGGGGAGGAAGGAGAGGAGAAGGAGGAGAAGGAGGAGAAGGAGAAGCAGGAAGGAGAGGAGUGUGAGUGUGAGGGUGAGGGAGGGUAGGCAGUGGCGUGUCCAGGGAGCCACACGUCACGCCUCAGCACCACCCGCCACCACUUCAGCGGCCGCGCGGCACCUCAGAGAAACUGGCCGUAAAUUACUCACGAAAACUCACUCACGAGACCCCGCCCCCGAGUGCCGCCAUCACCCACACCUUGCACGCCGCCACCCGCGACAACACCAGCGGCAACAUUGCUCCAGGCGACAUGCAAACGUUAACUGUUAUGGACCCGAAACGUUCCUCGCGGCGGUCGGGCAGGCGGGCGGCACUACUGUCCCGAAGCUCCGACAAUCUCCUUACCCAGGCACCAGCUACCCGGGACCCACUCAGCCGGAAAUCAUUCGGCUUUUCCCUGACGGACAUCACCAAAGACAGAACCAUUAGCUUCCCCAUAGGGCGCCGCCAGCCUAGUCCUACCAUUGCUGCCACCACAGGGAACUCCAAAAGGGAUAAGGAUGACGAGGACUCCCAAUAUGGAUUCGCGAGCUGGCCUGCAGGACAAGCGGUGGAUGCCUCGCCGCCUCAGCGUAGGACAGGACUCUCAGGAAUCCUUACCACACCGCACCUCGCACGCAAGGUCCCCGACAGAACAUUUAAGGAUUCUACCAUUGCUAUGCAGAAUAAUCCAAAGAAGGCUAACACACCGAACAGUGAUAAACCUCGUGAUGUCUGUAAGCCAUCCACAGCCACACCUACACCCGCCCUUGUGCCUUGGAAACCCCCGAGCUUCCAUCGCCCACUUGUGCCCAUCACAGUGCCACGGGUCAAGACUGGCACGCGCAGGUUGUCUUUCAGGAUAGCACCGCUGGACAUGCUUCAUGGCAACGAGGAGCAAGAGCAGGACAGGAAAGUGUGUCGAAACUGCAAGUGUUCGAGAGAGGAUCACUGUGGCGGUGAAAUGACCACCACCACUCCUACCACUACCACAGCCUCCACCACAGCCUCCACCACCACACCCUCUUCCACCACGGCCGCCACCACGCCAACUGCUCUGCCGCCACUGCCCCAUCUGGAGGCACACGCCCCGCCCAGGAAGGCUGCGGGCGUGCUGGGCGGCUUGGUAGUGGGAUCAGACCCGCAACGACACAGCCACAGCGAUGAUGACUCUGGCUGUGCCCUCGAGGAGUACACCUGGGUACCGCCUGGCCUCAAGCCCGAACAGGUACAUCUUUACUUCUCAGCGCUUGCGGAGGACAAAGUGCCUUACGUCAACUCAGUGGGCGAAAAGUACAGAAUACGACAACUCCUGCACCAGCUGCCUCCGCACGACAAUGAGGUCAGGUACUGCAACGGUCUUAGCGAUGAAGAGAAGAAAGAACUGCGUCUCUUCUCGGCGCAGCGCAAACGGGAGUCACUUGGUCGAGGUUCAGUCAAACAGCUACCAGUGAACCUCCAUUCCAGCAUGACCUGCGCUAACUGUGGCGAGGGUGUGGCUGGAGGCGACAUUGUGGUGGUGGCGGCGCGUGCUGGACCCAACGCGUGCUGGCACCCAGCGUGCUUCAACUGCCAUGUAUGUCGUGAACUGCUGGUGGAUCUCAUCUACUUCUGGAAGGACACCCACCUGUACUGUGGCAGACACCACGCCGAGACCCUCAAACCACGCUGCGCUGCCUGUGAUGAGAUAAUCUUAGCGGACGAGUGCACGGAGGCUGAGGGGCGUGCUUGGCAUAUGAAACAUUUCGCCUGCUUCGAGUGUGACAGACAAUUAGGUGGACAGCGUUACAUCAUGCGUGACGGGCGUCCCUUCUGCCUGCACUGCUUCGAUGCCAUGUUCGCCGAGUAUUGCGACACCUGUGGAGAUCCCAUUGGCGUUGACCAGGGUCAGAUGACCCACGAAGGCCAGCACUGGCACGCCACAGAAGCCUGUUUCUGUUGCCAUACAUGCCGCGCCUCGCUGCUAGGGCGGCCUUUUCUACCCCGCCGUGGUGCCAUCUUUUGUUCUAUUGCCUGUAGUAAGGGAGAACCGCCCACGCCCUCAGAUAGUACUGCUAACACUCCCGUGGCUCCAACUGCACCACCCCUGCGGCCCUCCGAUACAGGUCGACGGGCUUCUCUCAGCUACGACGCUUCAGAUUCUACUCUCACCUCGGCGACUUCACCCCACGGGGGAAGGGGUCCGCGGCCGCCGGGGCAGGACUCAUCCGACCUGAGUGACGGAGCUUCUCCGCAACCUACACGUCGUGCCACAGCACCGACACAAGCCUUGACACCAAAUGCCUCCAGUGGAUCCCGCUCUCCGCAGCCUCAUCGCCAGACCACUGCUUCCCCCAUUUCAGAACCCCCUGUUGGCACCCCAGAAUCCUCUGGACCGCGCUCUCCCCGCCUUAGCCGUCGAGCUUCCAGCGCCUCAGGUCCCACUGCACGCUUAACGCGUGAGGAUUCUUUUCAAGUAAGACCUCGUGGCCAGCCCGUGUCGAGGGAGCCCUCACUCUGUGGUCCUCACGGGGCACAACCUCCAGGUGUCCCUUCUCCAUCGAUUCCUGGUAGUCCUCGUUGUGCACCUCAUAGCGAUGUCUCGCCUCAUUCCCGAUCUGCCAGCGAGGGUGUGGCUUCUCCCGCAUCACCUCAUUCUCCCCGGCCCCCAAGACACCCUCUUGAGUCACCACGCGGCCUCUCUGAUCCUGGCUUAUCUCGUGUCCCCUCGGAGGUGAGUGGUUCACGUGCCGCCUCUGAGAUGGGUUCUCCUCGUCCAGGUCACCGUACGCUUUCGGCCAUGGGCAUUGGAGAGGAAGGACGUGGACCUCUAGUGCGCUCUCCUCGUAUGGGUCGCAAGGCUCUGCAGCACUCACCUCGCGGUGGCCGCAGGGCCGAAGCGGGCACAGUGUCCUCGUCCUGUCAAACAUCACCACCAUCGCCACCUGCCUCACCACCGCAGCAACCGGCCACAUCUACGCCCGCAAGCGACGGUGAGGCUGGACUUGACCGCCUAGUAUUAGAGCGGUCUCUAAGUCGCCUUUUGGCUCAGAGAGGAUUGACGCUGCUGCGGGAGGCGGCUGCGGGCGGACCGGGAGGUCUGGAGGCGCUACUGCAGACACCAGAGGAUCUGUCAGGGCCCGCACGUCGGCAGCCUCUCGACCUAUCAGCGCUGUCCGACCUUAACUUGGAGGCACUACUGGCGCCUGGGGAAGCCCCUGCUCACACUUCCAUGCCAGAUCUGAGUCAACAAGGUGAAUCAUCAGCCUCUUCGUCUCCUGCGAACACACCCACUCCCGGCCCGCCCAGGAAGAGCUCCCUUUCUUCCCGCCACAAGGAUCGACACAAUCGUUCAGUAAGAUUUGACCCUGCGCAGGUAGGAGGCGAUGCCCCCGCUCGUGCUUCUCACGAUGCCCAUGGUUCUUCUUCUUCUUCGUCUUCUUCGGGGUCGGCACCCACUGCCCUCGAGGUACCACCUGUGGAUGGAGCAGCAUGUCAACGUCGCGGACGACGACACAGAUCGCGCAGCUCUAAUGGCUUCCCACGCUCUCGUUCUUAUUCAGGCACUGCAGUAGACGAGGGUGGUUCCGGGAGUGCUGCGCCUCGGAAGGCUCCCUCAGCGCCCGGUCUGGAGGCUGCGCCUUGGGACACGGAAUCCGUCUGCUCUACUUGUUCCUCUUCCUCUUCAGACGAGUUCGAUUACGAGCUACCGCCGCGCCGUGCCUACGGUGGGGUGCGCAUCAGUUAUGUGCCCAACGACGCACUUGCUUAUGCGCGGCGCCAAGCGGGGCAGGCACAGGGAGGAGCGACAGGUCCCAGCUCUCCCUCACCCCGGCGCAGAGGUGGCGAUAAGGACAAAAACUGUAUUAUAUCUUGAUGACCUCCGCGCCCCAUCCCCUUCGCGGCCUUACCCUCUCCCACACAAACUCUUGGCCGCUGCCAAGUGCGCUUAGUGUGUAUGUGUGUGUAUGUGUGUGUGUGUCAAACUCCCCAAGCCUCUUGCCCCAGUCCCAUAAUUACUGUCUACCUCGCGGCCUGACGACGCUCUCCCUGAGAGAAUGUUCGCACAGGCCUCGCAUUGUCCCGCCUGCCUGACACAACAUUGACGAAAAUAAGUAACGUGUUCAAGGAAGCCGAAGAUAGUGCCAAGAAUAUUGUCUUCCAGGCCCAGUGUGUAUGUAGGCGUGUAUGAGCAUGAGUGUGUGUGUGCGGCGAAGGGCAGCUGCCAGCUCUCUCCUCACACUCAUCAUCGGCGUGUGUUACGGGUUGUCUAUAUCGUGAUUUGUGAUUUUCUGUUAAUGUUCAAGGUAUUCUUAUCGAUUUGCUCCACGAAGUAUUAAUGUAAAGUUUAUAAUCAUGUGACUUUUGUUGUACUAUACCUUCGUAGUCUCUUAAAAAUAGUUCAAGAAGUUUCAAUACUCAAACAUUAUCGUUUAAGCUAGGUUUAUUAUUAUUAUUAUUAUUAUUUUGUUUUUUUCAAUUUAUUUCCAUGUAUAUAAUGAAUAGAGCCAUUUUGUGCCUGGUGCUUGAAAUGUGUUGAACUUUCCAAGAUCUCCAGACCCUCUGGUGAGCGAGUGGCGAAACUCCUACCUUCAGACAGUAAACACCUCCCAGUUCAUUUACCGUUCUCCUUUUCGGCUUCAACUCUUCCAUUCCACCAAAGCAUUUCCCUGUCCCCUGGUCCACUGUCCUCGUACUGGCUAUAUCCAGCUCAUACAGUUCAAAAAUGUGUGGAGGUGAGUGUUGUGUGGCCGUGUACCUAUGUGUGUGUGAUAGCUGGUAUGUCAUGGUGAUGAAACUCAGCAGCACUAAUGUUCAGCCAUUGCUCACGGGUGGUGCAGUCUAGUUACAGUAAACAUUAUACAGUAACAAUCAGUGUGCCAACCUUAGAAAGCUAAAUUAAGAUGAGAAAUGGCUGGUUACUAUGUUACAAUCUGUUGGUAUCCUGUUGGGUGACAUUUUGUGAAUCGUUAUUGUAUAAGUCACCAGCAGAUGUGGAAUAACAAGCAUUUUUCAUUUAAGUUUCAUUCUAGCAAUGUCAGUCAGCCAUCUCAAGUGUGGGUGCAGGUGUGGGCUUACUGACAUCACAGGGACAUCUGUGUGUGUAUGUGUGUGUGUGUGUGUGUGUGUGUGUGUGUGUGUGUGUGUUUUAUCAGCUGCCCACCAAUUGUUCAGUAUUGUUUUUGAAAAGUUUGUGUACAGUUUGUAAAAUUUAUUGAUAAAUGACAUUUUUUUCUACUUCCCUUAUCUUGUUUAUAUAGUUGUGCCCUAUUCUGAUGGAACAGUUGUGAGGGAGCCUCUCUCUCUCUCUCUCUCUCUCUCUCUCUCUCUCUCUCUCUCUCUCUCUCUCUCUCUCUCUCUCUCUCUCUCUCUAGUGUUGUACAUUUAACUAAGCCCAUUAACUGAGAGAUAAAAGAGUAAGGUUAUAGCAUUACUACAUAAACUAGUAUAUCAAGAUUGUUGUCUUGGUACUAGUUAUAAGAAAAGCCACAUCUCUGAGACAGGGUUUCUUAUUUACAUUGUUGUGUACUAGCUUAACUUUUUUCUGUCUUGAUGAUAUUAUGACUGGAAUAUGGGAUAACCAAAAUUCACUUAGGCCUUGGUCAAGAACAUAACUGACACCAGAUAUGUGAACACAUUUUCAUGCAAGUUAUAUACCACCACUGUAAGGGAAAGAGCAAGUGAUAGAAGUAUGAAGGCUUUUCUCUCACAAAGAUACUCUACUAAAUAGUUUUCAUUGAACAUAAACGGUUAGUUCAGUACAGAGAGCAUCAGAAAUCUCUCGACCUUAGAGCUCAUGACUUUCUCACAAAGUUCCAUUAGCAUUUGGUAUUGACUGUAUUGUUUCUCUCCAUCUUUGAAAAUAAACCUGUAUAUUUACUGUAUUUAUUUGAUUAGUUGUACAUUAUAGCUAUGCUUUGCAGCUGUCUUUUUGUUUUGUGUUUCUUUCUGCAGCGUGUUGUUUAUAAAUGAAGAAAUUGAACAUAUUCCCUGUAAAUAAGCCAUGCUUGUAAUGGGUUAGUGGUUUGUAAAUACUACUACUACUACUACUACUACUACUACUACUACUACUACUACUACUACUACUACUGUUGCUGUUGCUGCUACUAUUGCUACCAAGAUAUGAUAAAAGAAAUAAUAUGUUCUCUGAUG